UAGAAGGCAGCUACUCUUCAAGAUUGUGAAUAUCUAUCGUCAUUUCUUCAUUUCUUUAGCCGCCGUUUAUAUUUCUUCGCUCUCACCAGACUUUACCAUCUAACUUUCAUUUAAACAACAUAAAUCUCAAAUCUCACAACACAACCCCGCCCCCACUUCUUACAUUCACUUCAACAAUGGCUGCUGUUCUUGAAUCUAUGGUUCUCUCUGCUUCUUCUCGUCCACCCAGUUCGCUUCCGCCUUCUAUGACUUUUUCAUCGCCCAGAAUUUCAUUGUCCAGCGGCCGAAAAAUUCAAUCUUUGCCGGGUUUCAUAGGGUUGAAGAUCCAAGCGCCUUUGAAAUCACCGUCAGCUUCGUUGAGUUCGAAGGUUCCUAGGGUUUCUUCACAUAAGACAAGCAUAGUUUGUGAAGCUCAAGACACUGCACUUGACAUUCCAACUGUGAAUGAUACAACAUGGCAGUCACUAGUUUUGAAGGCUGAUGGACCUGUGCUAGUUGAAUUUUGGGCCCCGUGGUGUGGGCCUUGCCGUAUGAUCCAUCCUGUUAUUGGUGAACUAGCACAGCAGUAUGCUGGAAAGCUCAAGUGCUUCAAGUUGAACACUGAUGAAAGUCCUUCCAUUGCUACCCAAUAUGGAAUCCGAAGCAUCCCAACCAUCAUAAUCUUCGUCAAUGGUGAGAAGAAAGAUGCUGUUAUUGGUGCCGUGCCCAAAUCCACUCUAACUGCAAGCAUUGAGAAAUUCUUGUAGGGAAGAAAAAUGGAACGACACUGCUAUAGUUUUGCUGUUUUGUAUCCUCGUCAGUGUUUUGAGGAUGAGAAGUUAUCCUUUCUGUAUAAUUUCAGAAGCUUCAUUUCACCCGUGUUUUCUUUUGUUGAUGUAUGCCCUUCUUUUGUUUAUUUAUUUAUAUAUCACAGAUUUUCUUCUCUUCAAUAACAUGCUAUAUCUUGGCUCAAAUUAUGCUUCCCUCUGGUUGUCUAAAAUUAUUCCCAGAGCGACAGCAGUUUUGUCCAAGUGUGGAUUGAAAAUUGGAGUCUCGUUCUGUGCUGCCUUUGUUUUGUUAAUCUGAUUUCCUGUAGUCAAGAACUCUUCAAUUGACUUGUUCUCAUUUGAAUAC